ACUCACGACUCCCUCGAAAAUCCGCACGGAUUCGGAAUAAUGCCGUCUCAGCAAAACGAGGAUAGCCGCUGUGCGGCGGGCGUCACAUGCAGAGCCCCAAGCUUAUCUCCCAUGACAUUUUUCUCGGCUUUGCAUCUUUUCUUGCCGUGUUACCAUUUGGCCGAUUGCUUUUCGCAUUCUUUUGAGGGGAACUCUGGGUAAGGCUGCGAAGGAUCAUAACUUGUCUAGGAUACGCCCGAGAGAUAAGCCGAAAGUAUGCUGCGGGUCGAACGCGCUGAGAUGCCCACGUCGACUUUCGAUACAGCGGCGAUAAUGGAAGGGGAGGAGACGAGCUACCGGCCUAGUAUGCUUUACAGCGUGCUCCCUACUGUUGUAUCGAACCACCUUCCGACGAUACCUUCGCUCCGACAAUCUCUCAACGAUGUACGGAAUCGCGGCUCACACAGCAAGUCAGCCUCUAUCGAUGAACUGCCACAACCCGAGACACCUCCGCCAGGCUACUCGUCGAUACCACCAAGCGGCUCUAUCACACCACAUAGACUCUCUGUUGCGUUGGGUGAAGCAGAUGCUGCUUUCGUGGACGACGCGGAGGAUAGACCUGGGUCUUCCGGAAGCGCACUUCCACAACUAUAUCGCCCUCAAGAGACGAGCACUGGGAUUAGGUGGAGUUAUGCUUCCUUAGGAACAAGCCUCAUGGCUCAAGCAUCGCGAGAAUCCAGUGAAUUCAUUGGUACCUCUGACGAAACAUCCGCGACGCUCACCCGCCAACUCUACGUGCAUGGCGUGACAUAUCUACUGCGAGGGCUGCCAACGAAACUUACACCAGAAGAGACAUCAAGCAUCCAGGCCGCCCUUCCACAAGACCUCGUGGAGACAAGGCAUUCCGCAGACACGCACGCUUUACUCGCCGUCUCCCAACAUACCGCAGCCACCAACCAUGCACCACCUCGCGACCCCACGAUUCUGCACCGGCUGACUGCGACCCUCGUCUUACAAUCCUUCAUCCUUAUGCAGUUCCUGCUACCAUAUAUCAAGUUAUUCCUCUCGCAUACCUACCAGUUUGAGCGGAAACAUCAGAUCGCAAAACGGCUGGUCAAUACGAGCGUUGCGACCGUCGAUGACAUUGGACGGAAGACGUUGAGGCUGAGCCAGACUGUGUGCCAAAUGAACGAUGGUAUGGUUGGUCAGGUGAUUAAUGAGGUGGCUGUUUGGUGGGUCAGGGGGAUCACAGGGGGUGUGCAGGAGGGAAUUGCUGAGGGGCUAAGGGUUGUGAGGGUGGAAGAGAGGGAGGAGAGGGGUAAUUGAGAAUUUAUACUGCAUUGCGUGAAGCAUUGGGAAGGUCAUGAUGCAUUGGACAAGGCGUUUGGAACUCGCAUGUUUCGAUAGUUUACGAAUUAAUGAUACGC